UGAAUAUUUUCCUAUACUGCAGUUAUUAUACAGAGUUUUGUGUUUGGACCAUUGAGGGACAUCCCUGAUUCUGGGAAAUUGGGUAGAAAGACUACUGCGCCAGCCUCCAAGUUCUGUGAACUCUUCUGUAUCUUCCUCCUGAAUUGAGAGAGGCUAGGCCAAAGACAUUGCUGAUCUGGAAAUGGAUGAGACACUAGGACUCAAAAUAGUGGAUGUGUUAGAAGGACCAGGCAAAGCACCUCAUGUCCUCCAGACUGCAAGCCUCAGGAAAUUCUCCAAAAGGACACCAGCACAGCAAAAGGUGAAACAGGAACCCAGCGAAGGGCUACUCCAGUGUUGGGAGGCCCAGUGGCAGCAGUUUCUGAAGGAAGUGGAGUCCCCUCACUUGGGAUGGGGAAUCCCACAGUUGCUGGAAGAGCCCACACCCUGGGAUGACACGAAGGCCUUCCUGGCCUCCUUUGAACAAGUGGCUGAAGCCUGCCAGUGGCCCAGGGGAGAGUGGGUGGCCCGGCUCCUGCCAGCUCUCAGCGGGCAGGCUGAGUGGGCCUUUAGCAGCUUGGAUGUUAGGGACAAAGGAGAUUACGGGAAAGUGAAAGCAGCCAUCUUGCGAAGGGAUGCCCUCAGCAGGGAGAAGCGGCGCCAACAUUUCCGUCUCUUCUGCUACCAGGAGGCUGAUGGACCAAGAGGGGCUCACAGCCGACUCCAGGAGCUCUGCUGUCGGUGGCUGAAGACUGAGCGGCACACCAAGGAGCAGAUCCUGGAGCUCCUGAUCCUGGAGCAGUUCCUGACUAUCCUUCCAUCAGAAAUCCAGAACUGGGUGAGAGAAUGUGGACCCGAUACCUGUUCCCAGGCAGUGGCCCUGGCCGAGGAUUUCCUGCAGAGGCAGCAAGGAACAGAGAGAUGGGAGCAUCAGGAGCUGAAGCCGUUGGAAGAGGGAGCCAUGAAUUUUCCAGAUGCUGAGCCUGUUCUCUUGGAUCCUGGCCAGGGCCGGCUGCACAGGGAAGCCAAGCAGGAGAGAGAGAGCGAUAUCAGCCUCUUAGAUUACAGCCAGACAAAUGAUCAACAGGAAAGACCGGGGCAAGCAGAAGCAACUUGGACAUGCCAGAGAAGAGUCCCUGAGAGCAGCUCACAGGGUCACGAGCCAGGGACCAUUUCUCAGAAUCAGCACAGACCAAAGAUCCUGCCAGGGAGCCAUGCCAGGAACAGAGUGGUGGUCUCUGGGGCAAACAGGAAGGUGAUCAACGAAACUCCAUUGCUGCAGACGAAAAACCUAAGUGUGGCCUCAGGGGAAAGCUUCAGGCAGAGCUCGGCCCUCUCCAAAGGAGAGAGUGUCCCCGCUCAGGAGAAGCUCUACAAUAAAUGUUCCAUCUGUGGCAAAACUUUCAGCCAGAGUUCCCACCUUAUCUUCCACCAGAGGACCCACGAUGUGGAGAAACCUUUCAAAUGUACGCAGUGCGGGAGCAGUUUCCACUCUCGCCAGGGCCUUAUUUACCACCAGCGGAGCCAUGCGGGAGAGAAGCCGUACAAGUGCUCCUUCUGUGGAAAGACCUUCAGUCAGAGCUCACACCUCCUUGUCCACAAGAGAAGCCACACAGGGGAGAAACCUUUCAAGUGCCCGUCCUGUGGGAAGUGCUUCAGCCGCAACUCCCUCCUGACCAUCCAUGAGAGAACCCACACCGGAGAGAAACCCUACAAGUGUUUGCAGUGUGGGAGUCGGUUCCACUCUGGCUCCGGACUGAUCAACCACAAGCAGAUCCAUGCCGGAGUGAAGCCGUACAAAUGUCUGGCGUGUGGGCGGGAUUUUAUUCGCAAGGCUCACCUCAUCCGGCACCAAAGUGUCCAUGGUGAUGACAAGAACAGUACCUGAGGAUCCUGCUCUGGCGAAACGCU